AUGAUUGUAUUGUUUCUUGUUGGAGGUUUACUGGUGACAGCAGCCGCUUACGGAGAGGGAGGUCGUGUGUGUGUGUGUGUAUACAUUAAUGUAGUGUGUGUGUCAGAAGGUCGCCGCGGCGGUCCUCUAGCGGGCACGCUCAGCUCGGUGGGAGCCGGCGGAGAACAAGCUCCUCCUGUGUACAGACCGGGGAGUCAGGCGUACGUAGUAUCUCAGUUCGUGAAGCCGAAGCCUCCUCAUCAGUACUGGGAGGAGGAGACCUCUCAGUCCCUGGUCCCUGAGAACAGGAACUGUCUGCUGUGUGAGUCGCAGGACUCGGGCGCGUGUCGAGCGAUGCCCUCCUGUGUGUACUGUGAGCCGACCGUCACCGCGCUCUGUGAGAGGAGCACGCCCUGCUUACGAUGUACCGUUAUAAAGAACCCAUUCUUCAAGUGCGUCCCCGGUGAGAAGUACAUGGACGAGUGUGACUCGUGCCGCUGUACGGACGGCCACGGCGGCUGGUGCACCAACCAGUUCUGCGAGUUCAGAUCACUACACAUCUACGCAUUGAAACUAUCCGACGGAGAGUUCUACUGA